AUGGCGACUGCUGCGAACUCCUCCAAUUCUCCUUCUUCACCUAAUUCCCCAGUGAAUCUCCCUCCCAGCGAGAUCUCUAAUCCUUCAAUCAUGUCGAUUUCCAUUGCGAAUGUUGCUGGAAUGAUUUGGACAAAGCUCAAUCGUCAGAACUACAUCACUUGGCGCAAUCUCUUCAUUCCUGUACUGAAACGUUUCAAGCUUCUUGGCCUCGUCAAUGGUGAGGGUCUCUACCCUCCUGAAUUUAUCAACUUAACACUCUCCGAAGAUCUUCUUCCUUUGACUAUUGGAACGGAAGACUCUCGUUCCCUUUGGCAGUCUCUUAAGCAUCAGUUCUCUGGUGCUUCACGUAUACAUGUUCACGGCCUUCGACCAAAGAUUCAAACGAUUCAGAAAUGUGACUCUUCUAUGACUGAUUAUCGUAGUUCGAUCAAAGAUAUCUCUAAUAAACUUGCUGCUGCUAGUAAACCAAUUUCUGAAUCAGAUCUCGUUGCAUACAUUUUAUUUGGUUUUCCUGAUGACUAUGAGUCAUUUGUUGACUUUAUUGAGACUUGCAAUGAGUCUGUGACAGCUAAUGAACUUCAUAACCUUCUAUUGAGCAAAGAGAUCUAG